GUCGUCUUUGCAGCAGACCAACAUGUCUUUGGUGGAUGUUGCUCAGCAAGCUGAUUCGACCGAGGCGUUCAGCCACAUACCAGUGAUAGAUCUAAGUGAUGUCUCUAGCAAAGACCCGGCGGUCCGCAAGGCACUAGCUGAUACCAUCAGAGGGGCUUGCAUGAAUGUUGGUUUCUUCUAUGUGGUCAGUCAUGGCAUCCCCGAAGCGGCCAUCGCCCAAGUGCUCGCUGUAAGCAAGGAAUAUUUCUCGCUGCCAAUAGAGAAGAAAAUGGAGCUCGAAAACAAGAAGACGCCGAACUUCAAGGGGUACAACCCCGUCCGGGGUGGCCGCAUCGACCCGCUGAGCGAGGGCGACGUGCAGGAAGGCUUCCAGUUCAGCUGGGAGGCGCUGGAAGCCGACGACUACGACGGGCGACGGGCGAAGGAUGGCGCGAUGGCGGGGGCAAAUGUCUGGCCUCGAGAGCCCCCUGGUUUCCGUGAGGCGGCUCUCGCAUACUACCAUGCUGCCAUGGCGCUGGGAAGGAACCUCUUUCCGAUGUUCGCCCUGGCGCUGGAUUUACCGGAGGACUUCUUCGACGAUAAGACGAAGAGUUCGGCUGCGAUAAUGCGGUUGUUACACUAUCCACCACAAACAGGAUCCAUGGACGAUAGGGCGGUAGGUCUCGGCGCACACUCAGAUUGGGAGUGCUUCACCAUACUAUGGCAAGAGCCGGGCAUCCAAGCGCUGCAGGUCUUGAACAAGGAAAAACAAUGGAUCAACGCACCGCCCGUUCCUGGGACUCUGGUUAUCAAUCUCGGAGACCAAUUUGCGCGUUGGACGAACGACGUGUUCAAAUCGACUGUUCAUCGUGCCGUCAACAGGAGCGGCGUUCGUCGGUAUUCAAUCCCUCUCUUCUUCGGGACGGACUACGACGUGAAGCUCGAGCCAAUACCUAGCUGCGUCUCGCUCGACCGACCGCCCAAAUACGAGGACGUCACGGCUGGCGACUACGUCAAGUCGAAGUUGCAAGCUACCUAUGUUCGCUAGUCAGCUGUAUCUAUGCGUAUAUCUCGCCCUGUAUAGUUCAAUGGGUAUUUUUGCGUAGGCACGGGUAGCCUUCUGCAGCAGUU